UGACACGCGGACUGCUGAACGACAAUGGGCUUUUAGUGAACGAUUCGUCCUGCUCGCAUGCGGAAGCUUCGUGCCGCAUAACUACCGAUCCCGAUAACAAUACAAUUGACGUUGUUGGUGUAAUCGUAGUCAGGAGGGCCGAUCCCGGCGUAUCAACAAGCAUAACCGCCGCUGUGGCUUGACAGAAUCGUAAGAUGGCCGAUAUGAUGGAAUCGCCGCCGUUGUUCGACAGCAACGAGACAAAAUUGGACGAUCUGGAGGAUGACGACGAGGAUAUCUUCGCGUCCGCGGUGCAGGAACAAAGCCAAUUGGAAGAUGCUUCGCCUUAUAACGGAGUGUCCAAGAUUCAGGCAGAAUUGCCGAAAUUGUCUUUACGAGAUGCACCAGAGGAAAACUCAUUCUCUUCCGUGUCCAGUCCAGUUCCAGGUCCCUUGAGUCCUCCUUUAGGGCCGAUGAAUACAGAUAUCGGUGAUCUACAUGAUGUUCCUAUCAAUGAUAAUUCAGAUACAUUGUCUACAAACAUUAUUCACUCUCGGUCAUUAGAAGAGGUUCCAGCAGACACGUCUGAGAUUUUUUUGAAGAUCACAGUCACUUCUCCUCAAAAGAUAGGUGAUGGAAUGGGUGCUUAUGUCGCAUACAAAGUUGAAACAAGAACAAAUAUGCUUAUCUUUAAGAAGAGACACUUUAGUGUGAUGAGGCGUUUCAGUGAUUUUCUAGGUCUUCAUGAUAAGUUGACAGAGAAAUAUCUUAGAAAUGGCAGAAUAAUCCCGCCAGCUCCGGAAAAAAAUGUUAUCGGAACGACGAAAGUUAAGAUGUCUGGGGACAAGAGUCAAGAGCAAAAUUCGAGUUCCAAUUCUGAAUUUAUUGAACGACGCAGAGCAGCUCUCGAGAGAUAUUUGAACAGAACAGCCGCGCAUCCGGUUCUAAGUAUCGAUCCCGAUUUUAGAGAAUUUUUGGAAGCUGAUGUGGAAUUGCCUAAGGCCACCAAUACAUCUGCAUUAAGUGGUAAAGGAGUGAUGCGACUCUUUAACAAAGUCGGGGAAACAGUUAAUAAGAUAACUUACAAAAUGGAUGAAAGCGAUAUGUGGUUUGAAGAGAAAACAUCGCAAAUAGAUUCCCUUGAUAUUCAGUUACGUGCAUUGCAUUCCGCAGUCGAUUCCUUAACGAAUCAAAGAAGGGAAUUGGCAAACUGUACUGGAGCUACAGCGAAAUCAGUCGCUGUUCUUGGCCAUGGUGAACCGGGAGCGUCUCUCGGCAGAGCGUUGGCGCAAUUGGCCGAAACUCUAGAAAAAGUGGAGACUAUCAGGAAAACGCAGAGCAACAGCGAUCUCUAUCAAUUUGCAGAAAUGUUGAGGGAUUAUGUUGCUCUCAUUGGGGCAAUUAAGGAUGUUUUCCACGAAAGAGUCAAAGUUUUUCAAAAUUGGCAACACGCUCAGACGAUGUUAAACAAGAAACGCGAGCAAAAGGCGCGACUCGAGCAAUCCGGCCGAACGGACAAGACGAGUCAAGCAGCUACCGAGGUCAUAGAAUGGGAAGCAAAAGUUGACAGAGGUCAAGAGGAGUUCGACAAUAUUUCGAAGAUGAUAAAAGAAGAGAUCGAGCGUUUCGAAUUAGUAAGAGUGCAAGAUUUUAAGAAGCAGUUAAUUGAAUAUCUGGAGUCGAUGCUGCAACACCAGAAUCAACUUAUCAAGUAUUGGGAGAGCUUCCUGCCGGAGGCACGAGCAGUAGCGUAAACAUUCCUCGCGUUAAAAAAUCGCGAUACAAUAGAUUUUUAAUAUGAUAAUAAGGCCAAUACCCCUACCGUGUAAGAAGUGAAAAGUAACUUCUGUGACGUGAAUUCAUCGUUCAUCAAUGUUGAUGAUUGCGGCGCAUUUUUAUGGAGAAAACUCGCGACUGUUGCCGACCGUUUACACCUGCAAAAAAAGAAACAAAGAAUUAAAAAAGAAGAACGCAUACACUUCUCAUCUGGAGGGUACUGCCAACUCGCCCGAAACAUUCUAUGCGCAGUGAAAAGCGUGAAGAAUAUAUUCUAAUUAGACGAACUUAAUUAAGAGUCUCAGAUUUUUAUUACACUUCAAUUAUUAUUCAAUAUAUAUAGUAUAUUAAUUCUUUAUGAUUACCUUAUCCAUAUUAUAUACAUUAUACGUAACUAUACAUAUGAAAUUAUACAAUUUGUUAAAGAAUGUUACUGAAUAAUAAAAUCAAUUGCAGU